AAGGGUCAUAAAUUAAUCAAGCGAAAAACAUGGCGACAUGGACAAAGUUCCCUGACAUUUCCUUGGAUCUGGUUUUGUUGUCAGUUUGAAACAGAUAGCGGAGCAGGGUUAUAGUAAUUUCUUCACUGAAACUGCAUAAAUAAUUUUCAAUGUUAAUUACAAGAUGACAAUAAUCGUAUUUCUGAUCGAUACGUCGGCCUCAAUGCUCCAAAGAACUUACAUUGGAGGCCGGACAACUUUGCUGGAUGUGGCCAAAUCGGCCGUAGAAACUUUCGUUAAAAUCCGCCAAAGAAGUAUGGAUAGUCGCAUCGAUCGCUAUAUGCUUCUGACGUUUGAAGAAAGUCCCAAUAAUAUUAAAGCGGGCUGGAAAGAAAACUUGGCCACCUUCAUGAACGAACUGAAGAACCUGCAAUGCUACACAAUGACCACAAUGGGAGUGGCAGUGAAACAAGCCUUUGAUGUUUUGAACAUUAAUCGGAUGACUUCAGGAAUCGACACAUACGGCCAAGGAAGAUGCCCGUUUUUCCUCGAAACUGCUGUUAUCGUCCUGAUAACAGAUGGAGGAAAAUUAACAACAGUCAAUGGAGUGCAGGAAGAAUUCAAUCUUCCAAUGAAUUCGCCCAUUCCAGGCUCAGAGUUGACUAGGGAACCGUUCCGGUGGGAUCAGCGGCUGUUUGCCUUAGUCCUACGGCUAGCAGGUACUCCUGCGGUUGAAAGGGACACGGGCCUGGUACCCAGUGAUAGCAGCCCAAUAGAUGCAAUGUGUGAAGUAACCGGGGGCAGGUCAUACUGCAUUACGUCGCAUCGGAUGCUAAAUCAAUGUAUAGACAGUUUAGUUCAGAAAGUGCAGAACGGCGUGGUGAUUAACUUUGAAAAAAUCGGACCAGAUCCUCCUCCUUCGCUGCACGAUAAAGAGGAGGGCGUCGCUGAUGCGGAUCUGUCGGAUAGCGAAAAGAACGUCCCACAGAACACCCUCUGGCACAACUGCCGGAAAAUGAUUUAUGUGCCCAAAACCAGCAAGUCCUACUGCGUGGGUUUUUGGCCAAUACCGGAAUCUUUCUGGCCCGAAGUCACCGCCACCGUGCUACCUCCAAGAUCAGCGCAUCCCAAUGUGAAAUUCACCUGCACCUAUUCGGAGCCUCUGGUUAUAGAAAAUCUUCCCUUCGACAAGUACGAGUUGGAACCUUCACCUCUUACGCAGUACAUUUUGUCCCGCAAAUCGCCCAAAACGUGUUGGCAGGUUUUCGUGGCAAACAGCUAUAAAAACUCCGAAGUCGGACACCCCUUCGGUUACUUAAAGGCCAGCACGACACUCAGCUGUGUUAAUCUGUUUGUCAUGCCCUACAACUAUCCGGUUUUGCUUCAUUUACUCGACGAACUGUUCAAGAUCCACAGGUGGAAGCCGACGAACGAAUGGCGAACCUCCUUUCAAAAUUACACGAGAACGUUGCCUGCGUAUUACGCUGGACCUUUGCGAAGAGCUUUAACAAGGAUGGGCACCCCAGUGCCGCUGGCACAGACCCUCAUUCCGGAAAACUCGGAAAAUUGCCUAAGCGGCAACGUGCAGAACCACUUGAGGCGCGUGAAGAACCAGGCCAAAAUCGAGCACGAUAAGCUUUGCGGUGAGAUUAUUCAAAGGCAGGCGCAUACCAACAACUUGAAAGCGAACUUCAACCUGGCGGAACAGUUCAGAAUGCUGCCGGUAGUUAGUCUGAAAAAAGACCUGAUCAGUCACCCGUUGUUGCAAGAUAAAUUCCAAAACCAACGCGAUCAAAUCCUCGAACAGGGACAUCUGUUCAUUAGCACGCUGGAUAAGGAGCGCCAGACUGUGAGCUUUAAAAAUCCCUUCGAUAUACCGAGAAAUCGAUUGAUUCAACAGGUGAUACGAAUGCGGAACAAUUUCCUGCAAUCGGACUGGAUUUCGCAGGAUCUGGACAGCGCUCAUUCCCUGCCAAUUUCCCAAAUGGGCAACUACCAGGAGUAUCUCAAAAAGCAAACACCUCAACUCAGGGAGCUGGAAUCGGCCCCAGUGAGACAGCACAUGUUCGGCAAUCCCUUCAAAAUUGAUAAGCGAAUGAUGGUCGAUGAGGCUGAUAUUGACUUGGUAGGCUCCCCGUCUGGAGCCAGUCGAAUGAACAAAAGACCGAACCAGACUUCGGAGUUGAGCAUCGGUUUGUUCGAGGGACGCCAAAAGGGAAGAAAACGGAAACUGGGGCCGUUGCCCAAAGACUUUGUCAUUCGUAGGCCGUCUCUGGCUGGCUCUGAUGUGUCUUCGCUGUCCACUCCGCCCCAAUCGCCGCAACCAUCCCCCAUUCCAUGGCUGAAUUCCAUUGAGAAGGAUUUGCCGCGGUUUGAUGAGCCGCCCGCCUUAGCUAUGAACGGAAUCGAUAGUCCAUCUUCCAGUGAACGAUCGCGAUCGCCGUCGCCUCCCUUGGAAAUUAUCCCGUCCUUCGACGUAAAUUUUUCCAAUGUUGGCAUGCCAUCCUCCACAUCAUCAUCCACAACUAGAAAUAGCUACAACUACUCGACAGCUGGUCAGUUUUUUUGUCAUUUAGUCCCAGAGUUAAACCUUGCGUUUGCAGGCACGGUCUCCUUAACUAAUUCCCUGAACGACUACUACAAUAUCUCCGCUAUGGAGAGCACGAACAAGGAAAUAUCGCAGAUUCUCAAAGAAACCAACUACAACCACAACAGCAAUGAUGCGUUUAGUAUAAGCAACAACGUUGCCGACAAGGAAAAGGACGCCAAAUCCAAGGUGGGCGCAGAAUCCUCCCGAAUUAUCCUUCUGAAGUUUUUUUUGCAGGCGGACAAGAAAGACAUGGUGAAGAAGCAGGAGAUCGACUCGCAGAACUUCGAGAUCCGGAAAAACUUGAACAAACUGGUGCGAAGGCCAGGCAAAAACUUCAACGAGCUGCUCGAAAGUAUUAAAACGUUCAAAGGCGACGUCGACACGCAAGUAGAAAACGUGAAAUUGAUCAUCAAGGAGAGUUUGCGCUUCAAGCGCCAACGAAUGGCCCAAAUGCUCGAAGACCACAUUCAAAGCAUGCUGACUGAAGGGGGCAAAUGACGAACAAGGAGCCGCUUAAUGGUUUAAGGUAACUACUGUAAUUAUUUCUCCAAUUGAGCUGUAUAUUGAUUUCAAGACCAGUGUUAUUUAAUGCCUUUCCCGAAUUCAUCGAUUGAUUGUAAAUAAAUUAAAUACCCAGUGAAAUUUCA